AGUCGUCGUCCCUUCAGUCCGACACAUUCCAAACGAGCCGGCAGACGCGUCAUGCCAACGACCGCGAACGCUCCGGAGGACAUCUGUUGAAACCGUCGUAUACGCGCGAUUUUACGAGCACACAACUUUUUCUCUCUCCACAGAUUCUCUGCCACUCAUUCUCUUUCUCUCUGGGCUUAUUGUUUUUCUCGUCACCUUAGUCGGAUUUUUUUUUAUUGCCAUUAUCGUUAUUGUUAUCAUUUUUUUUCUCACGCUUUCUGCGGGAGUCACCCACUCACCAACACGAGACAAAAUCCCGUCGCCUUGUAGGUUCCAAACAUUCUGAUAUUUAUACGAUCGCGAACUGGUACUAAAAAAGAGGAUUUUCUCUUACCCAAACACUCGGAUAUUCCGCGGCCACCGCUGCCGCCCUAAAAUUAUAAUAUAUAUAUAUAUAAAUUAACGCCACUGCGAUUAAGCGGCAUUGAUACACCACUGAGCGCGGCCACUCGGCGACGACGGCGGCGGCAGUGGCGGUGGCGACCGGCAGUAAGCCAGUCAGUCAGUCAGUCGUUUACACCGCGGGCCGCGUAACCGUCGUGCUCCGCGACUAGUCUCCCGCAACGGUGUAUAAUACAAUCGUACGUAAGCGCCGACCGGUUGCAGCCGCCGCCGCCGCGAUCUUCGGAUCGCCGUCCCGCGAUCAUCACUGCGGUCGCGACAUGCUGCUAAACCAAAGAUUGCGGCUGGGCGGCGGCCUGUUGGCGCUGGGUGUCGUGGCCCUAUUCGCGGCCCACCCGCCACUGGUCAGGGGCGGUAGCUCGCACAACCUGGAGAGCCACCAGUACAAGGACUCCAGGAAGUGUCUGUUGCAGCUGACGGCCAGGACAUUGGGUUGUGGCGGCGGCGGUGGCGUCAGGCGAACGGUCGUGGCGACCAAACGUCGGCCAGACAAACGCCAACAUGGCGGCGAAACCGACAACGAUUUGGAUCAGAACAACAAUAAUUUUGAUUACAAUAAUUACGACGAUGACGACGGCGGCGGUGGCGGUGACGGCGGCGAUGGUGCCGAGACACGGCAGACGUUUUACGAACCACCGCUGAUCACUGACCCGAGGGACAGGAUGUUGCCGGUCAUCUACAGCCCGAGGCCCAUGUACGCGCCGCCACGCCAUCAGCAGCAACAGCCGCAGCAACAGCAACAGCCGUACAACAGGUACGACGACCAAGGCGUCGCCCCGAUCAACCCGUUCGAGGUGCCCAUCAUCAUCGGUAGUUAUCAAAACGUCGACGUAAAAUUGAAUCAAGAUAUGCUCCCAGAGUGUCCGCCCACCGAAGAUGGAUUUGAACGGUUCGCAUGUCCCUCUCCUGACAAGGAAGGACGAUUCAGGUGCAUAGACGAUCACGUUCUAUGUGACGGAUACAUUGACUGUCCAAAUGGUGACGACGAAGAUAGAAAGAAUUGUUUCUUCUUCAAAACAACUAAAGCUCAUCUGGACAUACUGGCAGACGCUCUUCUUCGAUGGGCAAGAGGACGCUAAUCCAAAAUUUAAUUUAAAAUAAUAUCUUGAUAAAACGGCUACGACAAUUUUAAUUCAAAAACCAUAAUUUCAUUCAACAAAAUAACUCUCCUUCUAUAGGUUUGAUUGAAAAAUAUUUUUUUUCCCAGAAACUAAUUUAAGUUACUUAUAAAAAUUGUUCGCAUAACAUGCGCGCAAACAAACGACAAAAACAAUUUACAGGAUAAAAUGGAGGCCUGGAAUACAAAACGCUUUUUGGCGUACUACUACUGAUGUUACACCGGUAAACAUUUCAAAAGUCUAUUAAAUUAUAAUAUUAACCACGUUUUCCUCUUUUAUGUGCUCAUAACAUUAUAAUUUCAUUUUAAUACUACUAAGUUCCUACAAUAGUUGUUGUUACCAAGCAUGUGUCAUGUUGAUGUAUAUUUGUACGGGUUGUAUAUUAAGUUAUUGGUUUUUUUUUUUAAACUCUAUCUGUGGUCACUGGUCAAUCAGAUCUGUGAAUGAGAUCGCAAUAAAUCAUUGUGUGUUUAUUUAAAUCGUAAAUAAUAGAAUUUGUAAAUAUUAUUAUUACUACUACUAUAUUAUUAUUAUUACUAUUACUAUUUCUAUUAUACUAUUAAUUCUAUUAUAUUUAUUACUAAAUUUUAUUGUUCAACCUA